AUGGCAAAGCGAUACGUCGGUUCAAAGGAAUGGUUUCUACAUCAAGAGGACGUCGUGGACCUGCGGCCUCUCAACUUCCUGGGCACUCUUCUGAACCAGCGCUUUCCCCUCAACGGCCUGAUUUUUCAUCUCGAGGAUGGCGUCUAUUCUCUCGACCUUCCGGCUCGUAAGUCAAAGCCGAAGGCCACAGCAACGCUGCCGACAUCCUCCUAUAAUGCACUCAUGAAGCUUGCAACUCUGGACAGUUCUAUCCAGGAUGCUCUUUCCACACAGGAGCACAUUACUACACAAAUCAAUGAGCUUCUUUCCAAGCAGCCGAGGAACGAUGCGCCACUGGCAGAAGAGAAGGUGAAGCUCGCUCAGAAAUACGUCUCUCAGCAGACCAAGAGUGUCAAGUCGGCAGAGAAGAGACGCGAUGAACUCAAAGCUUCCUUAGAAGCGAGGCGCGAGGCCAUUGCUGCUGGCCGCGAAGCGCAGGCCAAGGCAGAGCGGGAUAUUGUUGCGGCGCGUGAACCGCUGGAGAGUUCCAAAGCAAUGCUCGCACAGACGCAGGAGCAGAUCCGCGGCCAGCGGCGGCGCAUCUGCUCCGACCUGGCCAACAUCUUCCCCAUCACCCCGUGUCCUUCAGGCGAGCCAUUGUCCUUUCAGAUUUGCGGCCUCCCACUUCAGAACACAUCUUACGACAGCCCGUCGUCCAAGAAUCCGAACGAAGAUGCCAUGUCGGCCGCCCUCGGCCACGUGGCCAUGCUCACCCACAACUUGCAGUACUACCUGCGGCACCCACUGCCCUACGACAUCAACCCCUUUGGUUCCCGGUCCACCAUCCGGGACGAAAUAUCUGCAUUUCAGGACACCCCGGCAUCCAGACACACUCAGAGCGCCUCGUCCUCGCUCGGAAACAACCCAGCCCGUGAAUUCCCACUCUAUCUUCCCAGGGGCGGCUCGACAGCAGCCCACUUCCGUUUUGAUUACGCCUGGUUCCUUCUCAACAAGGACAUCGAGGCCCUCUGCGCCCAUCAGUCGCUGCGCGUCGUUGACAUUCGCCAUUCCCUUCCGAAUCUAAAGUAUCUUCUCUAUGUCUGCAGCGCCGGCACCGAGGACGUGCCCGAGCGCAAACGGGGUGGCGUCAGGGGCUUGUGGGCCGGUCAUCUCAAGGGUCGCAUCACGCCGGGAGACGGCGAGGCAGACGGCAGCGUGACGGUAGCAGACCCAGCAGUGCCGAUGGACAGGCAGCUGAGAGUCUCAGAAGGGCGUCGGAGGAUUGGGCCUCGGCUUUGA